CCGCGCGUGCUCACAGAGUGCCUGGGGCCUGUCGCGGGCCCUCGCUGCUGCCUGCUGCUGUUCCUCAGAGCGCUGCGAAAUGUCAGGUCUGCUCGAGAGCGUGAGGUGCUCUGAAUGCGUUGACUGGGGAGAAAAGCGGAACACGAUCGCUUCUGUGGCUGCAGGAGUGCUGUUCUUUACUGGUUGGUGGAUAAUCAUAGAUGCAGCUGUGAAGUACCCUAAAAUGGAAGACUUCAACCAUUCCUACCAUGCUUGUGGGGUCAUAGCCACAAUUGCAUUCCUAAUGAUCAAUGCAGUGUCUAACGGACAAGUUCGAGGUGACAGUUACAGUGAAGGCUGUCUAGGACAAACAGGUGCUCGGAUUUGGCUGUUCAUUGGUUUUAUGAUGGCUUUUGGAUCUCUGAUUGCUUCUAUGUGGAUCCUUUUUGGAGGCUAUGUUGUUAAAGAAAAAACAGUGGUAUACCCAGGAAUAGCUGUGUUUUUCCAGAAUGCAUUCAUCUUUUUUGGAGGACUGGUCUUCAAAUUUGGUCGCACGGAAGAUUUGUGGCAAUGAACACGCCUACGGAAGUGUAUUUUUUUUUAACUGUGUAACUCCAAAAAUUUUGUAAAACCCUUUUGUAUACGGUGACCUUCAAUUGUGUCUAAAGAUAAAACAAGGAAAAAUUAAAUCAUAGCACUAAAAAUUCUGUUUUCUUCCUCUGAUUUAAAUGUAAUGUUUUUGACAAAUGUAAAAUUGCUACAAGUAACAAUGGAAGUCACCUUUAUAUGUUUGCUGUAAGUAAAUAGAAUAGUGGAAAACUGAUGUAUUUAACCAGCUGUUUCUAUAAUAUUUACAAUCCAAGACCUACUAAUAUGCUUUAAAACAUUUUUUAACAUAUUUAUUAAAUAUCUCCUAUGUCCAGACAAUAUAAACAGUUCCUCAAUUUCAAAA